AUGCAAUGUGCGAAGCUGCAACUGGUGGAGCGGUCGAAGAUGGUGAGGUACAUGGAGGAGCCGCGCCGGUACUGCCAGAAGCGGCUCGUCGACCCCGACCACCACGACGGCACGAGGUGGCUGCGUGUGCUCGACAGGUAUUGCGAGAAAGAAGAGAAAGAGGACAAGGACGAGUUACAUGAAACCAACGAAAGCUUCCAACAGGAACGCGAAACACCAGAACUGUGUCUGUCCGUGCUAAACAUACAGUACCAGGGGGACGUGCAGCAGAGGAAGCGACCACGAACUAGCUUCAAAUACAAAAAUUGCCUCCACGGUGAAAAGCAUCGCAUGUUCGUGAAGGAAAUAGUCGACGACGUCGAGCUCUACGAUGUGGAGAGGACGUCGGAGCUCACGUGCUACGGCGACUACGCCAAGUACUUCCAAAAUAUAUCGCGACGAUCCUCCGAGGGGUCCCUAGCCUGCGACAAACAGAAGGAGAGCAAAAGCGUGCAAGUCAAUGUCCCGAAAGAAAACAAGAAACCGAAAAAAGAGACGAAAAUUAAGAGAGCUCAAGCUACGAAAAUAAAAAUAAAUAACGACGUCGAGGCUUCCGAAGAUACCGAUACGAAGGUCUCCUUCCACAAGUACGGCGCUAGAAAGAGUCUGACCAUCACCCGAGCUGAGAGCCCGGAGACUCUCCAGAUAAUAAGAGUAGACGUCGUCUGCAACCACAGCGACCGCUCCACCCCGGCCGACGACAGGAAGCAGCGCCCACCCGCCGCCGCCGCCGGCAGAGGGAGGGGCACCGACAACAAGACGUACGACAAGUACCUCCGGUGUGGCGGUGGUGGUGUGGUGAAGACCCUGGACGAGAACGUCUCGGGGGGCAAGGUGACGCUGCUGUGCAAGACCUUCCGCCUGACGGACAGAUGCAGGCGAUACGACACUGAAACCGCGGCCGAAACGAGGAGGAGUCGACUGCCAAAAUAA